CCCUUCUCCAUCUCUCUCUCUCUCUCUCUCUCUUGGAUCGAACACAGUCAUGAUGAUGGUAAUAGAAAGUCCAUCCAUUCUCCUGCUCUUGGGUUUUCUCUUAAUGCAGUUGGCCCAAUCUUCCACCACCAGCUUUACCGAUCAAGAAGCUCUCAUUGCCUUCAAAUCUAAACUCACUUCCGGUCCAAAUCAAACUGUCUUGGCUGGUAACUGGUCCACAACUACAAGCUUCUGCAAUUGGAUUGGGGUCUCAUGUAGCCGACGCAGGCAAAGAGUCACUGCUUUGAACCUUUCCUACAUGGGACUAGCUCCAAGGUGCCAUUUCUCCACAUAUUGGUAACCUCUCCUUCCUAGUCUCACUUGAUCUACGCAACAACAGCUUCUCUGGUUCUCUGCCUCAUGAGAUCAGCCGCCUAAGUCGCUUGAGAAUACUCCGGCUCUUAUUCAACCAAUUGGAAGGUAGUAUCCCUCCAACUUUGCAAAAUUGCCGGAAUCUUCAAAGAAUACUACUUGCAGGAAACCACCUUACGGGCGCAAUCCCAUCAACCUUUGCCAACAUGUCGUCAUUAAAGGAACUCUUCCAAUGGACCUCUGCCGCCAUUGUCCUAAUCUUCAACAGCUUUAUCUUUCGUACAACAAAUUUAGUGGUUGGCUCCCUUCACAAAUGAAUCACUGCAGAGAGCUUGUACUCUUAUCUCUAUCAUACAAUAAAUUUGAUGGGAGUAUUCCAGAAGGUUUUGGGAGUCUAGAGAAGAUUGAAGGGCUAGCUCUUGGAGGUAACAGCUUAACUGGUAAUAUACCUCCUACCAUAACUAACUUGUCGAGGUUAUCUUCAUUUGGCAUUGAGGAUAACAACAUUAAGGGAAGCAUUCCGAGAGAUUUAUGGUGGCUUCCAAAUCUGAAAAUUUUUGCAUGUGAUUCAAAUUAUCUCACAGGAUCAAUCCCCCAAUACAUUUUCAACAUUUCCUCUCUACAAGAAAUCUCCUUGGAAGAUAACUCCCUAUAUGGCAAUCUUUCAUCAGAUUCUGGAUUUUCCUGCCCCAGUCUUAAAAGUCUACUUUUUUCUCAAAACAAAUUUAGUGGUCCCAUCCCACCGUAUCUUUCAAAUUGUUCCAACCUUGUCCUAGUAGAUUUUGCUUCAAACAUAUUCUCUGGGCCAAUACCAAAAAGUCUUGGAGACUUAAAAUACCUCAGAAUUCUUAAUCUGGAUUUGAAUCAGCUAACAGGAGAGCCUGGCGAUCAAGAGCUUAAUUUCUUUUCGUCUUUCUCUAAUUGCAGAGUUUUGGAAUUCCUAGGCAUAUCCUACAAUCCUUUGGAUAUUACUCUUCCAGAUUCUAUUGGAAACUUUUCAACCACCCUUCAUACCUUUACUUUAUUCCAAAGCCAAAUAAAGGGUCAUAUUCCUAUGAGUAUAGGUUCCUUAAAAGGCUUGACAUGGCUUGAGCUGGGCAAUAACAAUUUGACUGGAAACAUACCAUCCACAAUUGGGGGAUUGAAGAGUUUACAAAGAUUGGAACUUGGUGAUAAUAAAAUUGAAGGAUUCAUUCCAGAAGAGAUUUGUCAGCUAAAGAACUUAGGUGAGUUAUAUCUCUCAAAAAACAAAAUCUCUGGAUCCAUACCAAAUUGUAUUUCUAGCCUCAAUUCUUUGCAAAGGCUAUACCUCAGUUUUAAUAGGUUGGAAACACCAAUGCCAUUAAAUUUAUGGAGCCUUGAAAAUCUAUUGUUUUUGGACCUAUCAUCGAAUUUCCUUGGUGGAUAUUUGUCUCCAAACAUGAAAAAAUUGCUUGCUAUUGAACACAUAGAUUUAUCUCGAAACCAAAUUACAGGAAAUAUUCCAAGCAUCAUUGGAGCUUUUGAAAGCCUAAAUUAUCUUAAUUUGUCAAAGAACUCAUUUCAAGGAGAAAUCCCACACUCGUUUGGAGACUUGAAAGGAUUGGAUAUCGUAGAUCUCUCUUACAAUGAUCUAUCUGGUGCAAUUCCUAAGUCUCUUGAGGCACUUUCACAGCUCAAAGAUUUGAAUGUAUCUUUUAACAAGCUAUCCGGAGCGAUACCAUCUAGUGAGCCUUUUGCAAACUUCACAGCAAAAUCAUUUUUGGGAAACAAGGCGCUUUGUGGGAAUCCAAUUUUUGGAGUUCUACCAUGUCCAAAUUCAGGCUCCAAAGGAUCAAAGGUGAAACAAAUUCUGCUCAAAUAUUUUCUUCCUGCCAUUGCUUUGGUCAUACUCUGUUUGGCAUUGGUUUAUAUCCUGAGAAGACAUCGAGAAAGUAACUUGCAGGUUCCAAGUUUAUUUAAUACAUUGCCUGUAUUGGAGCAUAGAAUGAUAUCAUAUCAAGAGCUUUGCCAAGGGACACACAACUUUUGUGAAAGCAACUUGCUUGGAGUCGGAGGUUUUGGUUCUGUAUACAAAGGGGUGCUAUUUGACGGGACAAUUGUUGCUGUUAAAGUUCUAAAUUUGCAACUGUCGGGGGCUUUCAAGAGUUUUGAUGUUGAAUGCAAGGUCUUACAAGCAAUCCGACAUAGAAAUCUUGUUAAGGUCAUAAGUACAUGCUCCAAUCCUGAGUUCAAAGCUUUAGUACUGCAAUACAUGUCGAACGGUAGCCUUGAAAGGUGGUUAUACUCUUAUAACUACUGCUUGAGUCUUCUUCAAAGAGUGAGCAUUAUGGUUGAUGUUGCAUCGGCGUUGGACUAUCUCCACAACGGUCUAUCAGAAUCUGUGGUGCACUGUGAUUUGAAACCUACCAAUAUCCUUCUAAAUGAGGACAUGGUUGCACACGUGGGUGACUUUGGCAUUGCAAAGAUUUUGGUUGAAAACAAGGAUGCUACACAAACCAAAACUCUUAGUACACUUGGCUAUAUUGCUCCAGAGUAUGGUUUUGAAGGAAAAGUCUCCAUCAAAGGUGAUGUUUAUAGCUACGGCAUAACAUUGUUGGAGAUGAUCACAAGGAAAAAACCUACCGACAAAAUGUUCGUAGGAGAAUUGACUAUGAGGCAAUGGAUAAAUGCAUCACUUCCCGACAGAAUGAUGGAAGUUGUGGAUGACGGUUUAUUGAGAAUAUAAAAUGGAAGAGAUGUAACUAUCAUGCAAAGUGUUCUUUCAUCCAUCAUGGAAUUAGGCUUAAGGUGUUCUGAGGAGUUGCCAGAUGAAAGAGUCGAUAUCAAAGAUGUGCUUACCAAGCUUAAAAAAAUCCAAUUAACACUUUCUGAAACAGAAACAAGAGUGCUUAAUAUUUAA